AUGGGGUUCGCGCAAGAGCACAACCCCCAUAACAUGACUGCCGACUGGCAGUCCAAGGACCCUUCAACAUGGAACAUUUAUCAAAAGUUCAUCGAUGCCAUUGACAUCACGCCCAUCAUCCCGGGCAAGCCGCCGCCCGUCUUCGCCAAGACGGACAAGAUGCCCUUCAUGGCCCAGUGGUCGCAGCACCUCUUCAUCAUCACCUACGCCGCCAUCCCCUUGCUGCUGCACCAGGCCUACGUGUCCUUGACCGGCCAGCCGCUCAGCAAGGCGGCCGUCAUCUUCCUGUACAACCUCGCCUACGUCCUGGUCGCCGUCCGCGAAGUGCGCAUGCUGCGCAGGCUCACCUACAAGUUUGGCUGUCUCGACGGCGACGUCGCCGACCGCGACGGCAUUCCCAACUCGGGCAGCGGCAAGAUCAUUGGCGAGAUGCACAAGACGGCCGGCUUCCGCAUCAUCAUGGCCACCUGGAUCGCCUACGAACCGGGCCUGACCCCGCUCGCCUUCUUCAGCAAGCCGGACAUUUGGGCGCCGCUCGUCUUGAAGCUCGCCCUCUACGGCCCCAUUCUCGACUUCUUCUUCUACACCUACCACCGUGCCUGCCACGAGGUACCCUGGCUGUGGAAGUACCACCGCACGCACCACCUCAACAAGCACCCCACGGCGCUGCACUCGGGCUUCGCCGAUGACGAGCAGGAGAUUAUCGAAAUCGUCAUCGUGCCCUUCCUGACCUACGCCACCCUCUGGGCCCUCGGCCUCAAGCUCAACUUUUACGAGUGGUGGGUGUGCUUCGAGUACGUCACCUACUCCGAGAUUUUUGGCCACAGCGGUCUUCGCAUCUACGGCACUGUGCCGUCGCCCAUUACCCCGGUGCUCUCCUACCUUGGCAUGGAGCUGGUGCUCGAGGAUCACGACCUCCACCACCGCAGAGGCUGGAAGAAGAGCUUCAACUACGGCAAGCAGACGCGCGUCUGGGACCGCAUCUUUGGCACCUGCACUGACCGCAUCGAGGCCAAGCCUGACAACGUCGACUUUUCCAACAAGGCUCACAUGCCUCUCUUUUAG